ACAAAACGACCAUAGCAUAGCGUAUUUCCGUCCUCCUCGCACCUCCUUUCCCCCCUCGUGAUUCGUCUACGGACUCCUGCCUUUAGAGUUCAGUCGCGUCGCGUAGUUGAGUUCUGAAUUCUAUGCUGUUCUGAUUGUGCACAGAAAGAUAUUAUAAAAAUAUACCUGAAUCAAAGGACAACAAUUUUGACACUUUCUGACUUUUGAUUUACCGUUAGUUAGUGUUGCACGUGCUACUUAUAUAUUUGACAGUUGUCACUGAACUUCUCAGUUCGUCUAUUAAUUCAAUACGCAACGAACUCCAGCGCUUAGUUCAAAUUGCUAGCCAUGCUUGAUGAAAAUGAAAAAUGUGUCUGAAGCCGAGACAUUAAGGCAGGUCAAGGAAGAAUCCUGCUCCAGUGACGACGAAUCACUACAACCGUUAAGAUGUUGGGAUUGUAACGUGAACUUCACCUCUAAAAUCUACCUGUACAAGCAUCUCUUCCAUCACAUCAAACAACCUACGGUUAAACUCACGAAAGUGACUCUUCCCCCUCUGAAGAUAACCUUGAAGAACACCACCGGCAACGGUUUUGAAAUCGUUCAGUCCCCCACAUCUGGAAGGAGUUCAGACGCUGAGGGUGACAAGCUGGAGGAAGAGAACGUAAAGAGGAGGCAGCAACAGAUCACCAAAGUGGCAGAAGCAGGAGAUACAGCCAACCGACUUGGCAGCGAAGGAAGCGGACUUUCGCCGGGCAGUCGCCAGGGAGUGUCAGAGCUGGACGAAUUCGACGCCGCCACCUUAGACGACAUCAACGGCAUCAUCGAGAGCGAAACGGGCGGCAGCAGCGCUGAGCAGGAACCGGGCGAUGGUAGCAGUUGCAGCGAAGAAGACAACAUGGUUACCGGUCCGAUAAUUACAGAGAUCACGGAAGAGGCCGAGAUGGACAAAAAUUCCCUGAAUAAGAACAAUUAUGAAACUAUUCCAGGAGCUGAGCCCACCCCACCACCGGAUCCUUCACCGGAUUCCUAUCCGAAAAUAAGAAUAAAAACAACAGGACUUCUGAAGGAUCCUAUAGAAUCAACAUGCACCAUCACAGAAAUUACCGAUGAUAAUCCAAAUGGAAAUCCACACCAAGGUGAGUUCUAUUCUUCGAAUGGGGGUCAUCUAUGGUCUACACCUUCUUUAGAGGACCCUCUUAAAUUACCAGAGUCGGAUGAUAAUAUCCUUUCACUUUUUAACAAUAAUGACAGAGCCAAAGACUACGGAUUCACUACCAGUGAUAGUGAAUACAUAUCACUCGAUCGACUGGAUAACAGAAAUAACAGUGGAGCAUUGCAAUUGUAUAACCCUCCAACUUCAAGCAGCCAGAAUCCUUUAGAUUCAUUGACUGGAUUGCCUAUGCAAGCCUUAGCGCAGCAGGUGUCACGUUUGCAACCGUCUGGAAAUGGAAUGCAUCAACAGAAUGUUUUAAUUAAUAUUCAGCAGUUUCCACAGGCACCUCCUCAAGCUCCUUAUCAGCCACCUCCUAUGUACCAUCAUUCUGGUCAACCGCCAAUGUAUGGGCAGCCUUAUCAGUAUCAACCUCCCAAUCCGAUGUAUUACCCACCUGGACCAACGUAUGCCCCACCGCCUCAACACAUGCAACAGCCCCCACCACUUCCUCCUUUAACCUCAAUAGGACAACAUAUGAACCAGUCUCAGAUGAACCCCCAAAAUCAAAUGGGCCAACCUCCUAUGAGUCAGGCGCAGGUGUUACCCCCAUCGUCUCAAGGGGUGCCGCAAAAUCAGGGACCUAUGGCACAGCAACAGGGGCAGUACAGACAGACCAUUCCUCGCGUUCAAGGUCCCAGACAACCGAUGCCUGGCCAAAGGAUGCCAAUGGGGCCGAGGCAGCCGAUGAAUCCAAGAGCCCCUAUGGCUUCAAGACAGCGCGCUCCUAUGACAAGACCUCGAGGUGGGCAGAUGUCAACGCUUCGAGGCGUGAGACCUCGUUUUCCUAAUGGCCCCACCAAUACACAAUACAGAAACGGAGGUCCCAUGAAGAGGCCGCCUGACCAAAUCAAGCAAGAACAGAAUAUCCAAGCCAAGAAAAAACGUUUCGAUGUUCUCACACCGGAUAAGGACGAUGAGGACUGUCAGGUGAUCUGCAUGCAACCAAAGAACACAGACGGUUUGCCGCAAAUUGAGAGCGUUCAGGGAGCUGCAUCAGAAUCUGCUGAAAACAGUAUUAUGCAUUUAUCAGAUUCUAUAACACUCUCGGUGCGGAAUCCACCUCCAAAACCUGCUAGUCCGAAGAAAUCUGAUGCCAAAGCAGUGGCCAAUAUUUUGGCAACUCGAGGUAUAACUGUCACACCUACUGCUAAGCCCAAAGAGAAGAACGAUAGUCCUUCGAAAAACACUUCUCCGCUCAAUUUGAAUGGAGCAGUCAGUAUUAUUCCCUCUGCAAAACAACAAGUUAAAAAGUCACAAGAAUCUGCACUUCCUACAGUGGAUCUAACUGAUGAUGCUCCACAAUCUGGACCUAAAUCUCCAACAUCUCAAAAAACAAGCGCCAACUUUGGUCUGCCUUAUCGCUGUCACCUUUGUCCUGCUCAGUACCCAAAUGCUUUGGGCCUAACCAAACAUAAGCAGAACUAUCACAAAACUUCUGCAGGCAACAUAGAUAUGGGAAUACCACUUAUUAAUUUGAAACAACCAGGCGUCCUCCAAAAAUUGGGCCAAUUGGGCAUCCACAAUUUCAUACCUUUACCUACCCCCCAACAAGAUGGGACUUUUGCUAUUCCAAUAAUAAAUACUAGGAAUCCUGCUAAUGUUCAAGCUAUGGGUGCUACAAAUAUGCUCAUAUUAGGACCUGUGAAGGCCAUUCCAAGACCAGGAGUGCCUAAUGCCGCUAAUAAUCCUCAAAAGCCACCAAUGCCACAACAAAAGUGAAUUUGUUGUAUAAAUAUGCCAACAUUCUCUAUUGAAAUAUUGAAGUGGAAGUUUCAUAUCACCAAGUUGUAUAUUGAAAAUGUACUAAAUUAUAAUUUAUGUUCCUUAUAGAAAAGUUAUCAAAGUUUAAUUUGAAUUGUAUAGUUGUAUUUUUGAAGAAUAGAAACAUUGAACUUCUUGUUAAAAGCGUUAUAAAUAUGGGUUUUUAUGAUAUAAAGGUUCAGCUGUCAUGUUCUUCAAAAAAUUUUAUGUGUUCUAUGAAUACUCUGUAUAUAGUAAAAUAAUAAUAAUAUUCAUUUCUUAUGAAUUUUUUUAAAACACGGAAUGCAUUUAUUUAAGUCUUAAAUAAUUUAUGCUUUCCAAAUUCCAUGUACCACAUGGAUAAUUUAUUUUGUUAUAUGAACAACAUUUUUGUUUUGAAUAGACUGAUAUGUUUCUAAUUUUUAAUGUGCAAUCAUUGUAUAGAACUUAUAUUUUUGUACAAAGGUACAAUUUUUGUGAUAAAUUAAUAAAUGAAGAGAUAUUUUUAAAAA